AAAACAUCAUUGAGAGAGAGAGAGAGAGAGAGAUGGCAGGAAGGUCUUGUUACAGAGAUGUGUUGCCCUUUACAGCCAUGGUUACAGUGGAGAGCACCAACGUUGGUUUAAACAUCUUAUUCAAGUCAGCAACAUCAAAAGGGUUGAGUUACUAUGUCUUCAUAGUCUACUCUUAUGCAUUUGCCACUCUUCUUCUCCUCCCUCUUCCUUUCAUUUUUUCCAGCAGAACAAGGCUUCCUCCAUUGAACUUCUCUCUCCUCUGUAAAACUUUCCUCCUUGGACUGAUCGGGUUUGUGGCAAAUUUAUGUGCAUAUAAAGGUAUAGAUUACAGUUCACCGACUCUUGCUUCCGCCAUGAGCAACCUUGCUCCGGCUUUUACAUUCAUGCUUGCUGUCAUCUUCAGGAUGGAAAAGCUGAGUUUGAGAAGCACCAACACUCAAGCAAAACUCUUUGGUACUUUAGUGUCAAUGUCAGGUGCUCUUGUAGUGAUUCUCUAUAAGGGUCCAACAGUUCUAUCCGGUACAGAAAGAGAUUGGCUAAAAGGUGGUGUAUUGCUCACUGUCGGGUACCUUCUGUUCUCUUCCUGGUCUAUACUUCAGACACAUAUCAUGAAGACAUACCCGGUUGAGCUAGUUCUGGCAUUGUUGUACAAUUUGUUUGGAACCAUUAUAUCAGCACCAGUUUGUUUUUUAGUAGCUGAAACAAACUUAAGUGCCUGGAGACUACGGCCUGUCAUAGCGCUGAUUGCAGUUAUAUACUCGGGGUUCUUUAGUACAGCGUUCAGCACCAUUGUUGUGACAUGGAGCCUAAACUUGAAGGGUCCUGUGUAUGUAUCGAUUUUCAAGCCAUUGUCGAUUGGCAUUGCUGCUGCAUCCAGUGUCAUAUUCCUCAGCGAUGAUCUCUUUCUCGGCAGUGUUGUUGGUGCUGUAAUGAUAUCCAUAGGGUUUUAUGGUGUAAUAUGGGGACAAGCAAAGGAAGAAGAAAUGAGAGAUCAAGACUAUGACUUUGAUAACUUGAGAGGGUUACAUAGUGGUAAUGCACCAUUUUUGGAAACCUACAAAGUUGAAAGUAUGUAACAUCAUCUACAUAGAUGAAUACUGGCUGCUUGAAGACUGAUCAGGAAGGCAAAAAUGUCCAUCAUUUAAAUUAUGUAAUGAACUGAAAUUCCCCUUCUCUGUCUCUAGCAAGUUGCUAAGAUAUUUGGCUCAUUAAGCUCCAAAUUUUCCUUGAC